AUGUCGAAUACAUCACUUCCCAAUCUCAUCACUACUUUCAAUGAAGUUCUAUGGUGUUUCAAUUAUAUUGUAUUACCUAUUUGUUUUGUUUUGGGAAAUAUUGGUAAUUGUUUAAAUUUAUUAAUAUUUUCUCAACGUUCAUCACGUUCAAAUUCAUGUUUACUCUAUUUCUUAUCAGCAUCGAUUAUUAAUAUAUUUAUAUUAAAUUUUGGUCUUGUUCUUCGUAUUCUUCGUGGAAUAUGGAAUAUUGAUCCAGCUUUGAAAUCUUUAUGGUUUUGUCGUUGGCGUACUUAUUUAACUAGUACUUUUUUUUUAAUUUAUCGAUGUUCUAUUUUACUGGCUUGUAUCGAUCGAAUGUGCGCCAGUUCAAGAAGUGCAUGGAUACGUAUGGAGAGUCGUCCACGAGUGGCAUAUCAUUUGAUUGCAUUCAAUUGGAUUCUAUGCUUUGCCUAUUUUACACCCGCUUUAGUGUAUCAUACUAUAGUCUACGGUCAAUGUUUAUCACCACCAGGUUCUACCUAUGCGACCUAUUUAACAAUAUCGACACUUGUUCAAGGAUUAUUUAUUCCAUCGGCUAUGAUUGUAUGUGGUUUCAUUACUUUCACUCAUUUAAAAUCCAUGCAAUCACGAAUUAUACCAAUGAAUACUGAUGCACAUGAUGAACGUAAAAUUGUUGGUCAAUAUAUCAUUAUGUUAUUUGUUCAAGUAGCUACUGAUUGUUUAUACAAUUUAUUAUAUUCAGCUUAUCUUAUCUGUAGUCUUGUCUUUCCUACACCACAAAAUACUCAAAUUGCAGCAAUAAGUUCAUUCUUGAUCAAUAUGUCAUUCACAUUACCGUAUUUAAACUAUAGUGCUGCGUUUUAUUUGCAUACACUUUCCAGUCCAUCAUUUAGACGAAAAUUGCUUCAACUUUUGAGACGAAUGAGAUGGUUUCAUCAAUGUAUUCGUGUUAAUUACGACAGACAUAAUACUCAUACAAUACCUCUAGUUACAAUGCGUGUUAGAAACAUAACAGCUUUGAAUCGUCCAACAACAUAA